AUAGGGCUCACGUCUUUCCCUGGGCUGAAUUGCACGCCCCCGGCCAUGGACGAUUUCCCUAAAGACUGGUUUACGGAAGAAGAAAGGGCUGGAGGUGCUAUAGCACUUCAUAUUUUAGCUUCACUUUACCUUUUUCUCGCCCUUGCUUUAGUAUGUGACAAAUAUUUUGUUCCUGCAGUAGAAAGGAUAUGUAAAGCUCUAAAUAUGUCCAACGAUGUUGCCGGAGCGACGUUUAUGGCGGCGGCUACAUCAGCACCGGAGCUUUUUGUGAAUGUGAUAGGAACGUUCAUUACCGAAGGUGAUAUUGGAAUAGGAACUAUAGUUGGAUCAGCUGUCUUCAACAUCCUUGCAGUAGCUGCCUGCUGUGGAAUCGGAGCCGGCAUGGUGGUUCCUCUACACUGGUGGCCUUUAACAAGGGAUUGUUUAGCAUAUGGUGUCACAGUUACUAUCUUGAUUUGCAUCAUCCAUGAUGAAAGAGUGGAAUGGUAUGAGGCUCUUGUUUUAGUACUACUCUAUACAGUUUAUAUCGGAAUAAUGUAUUGGGAUAAAAAAAUACAAGGGUGCACAAGAGGUUUUCACGAUGAAAAACCAGAUCAGCAAGCUUCGCCAGAAUCUGGUGAACUCAGAAUUGGAGAACCACCACAGCAAAAUGGAAAUGUUAAGCAAGCAGUUCCUACAGAAGCAAUUUCUACAUCAGACCAUCAGGAAACAGGAUUGUGGGAAAUAGUGAGUUUUCCAUAUAGAAAAGGUAUUGUUAGGAAAUUAGCUUGGGUUCUUGUAUUACCUAUACAUACUGUUUUUCUGAUUACCAUUCCUGAUUGUGAGAAGCCAAGAUUCAAAAAGUGGUUUCCAGUGACUUUUCUGAUGUGCAUUAUAUGGAUUGGCUCUUUAUCAUACAUGGUUGCCUGGAUGAUUACAAUCGUGGGAGAUACUUUGAAGAUCCCAGACUCAGUAAUGGGGAUAACAUUCUUAGCUGCAGGAACUAGUGUACCAGAAGCAGUAUCAAGUGUUAUAGUAGCUAAACAGGGUCAUGGAUCAAUGGGUAUUUCAAAUUCGCUUGGAUCAAACACUUUUGACAUUCUUUUGUGCCUGGGUCUUCCUUGGUUCAUAAAAGCAUCAUUUCUUCCUACUAGUGCAGGAAAUCAUUUUGUUGGAAUUAAUUCUCGUGGCCUUGAAUAUUCUGCCAUAUCACUACUAUCUACUCUUUUGAUGUUGUACAUAGCCUUCGCAGCUAAUAAGUUUAAACUGGAUAGUAAGGUUGGGCACACGUGUCUUCUUAUGUAUUUGCUGUUUCUCAUACUUGCAACACUUAUUGAGCUUAAUGUAUUUUUUACUGUGAAUCUUCCUACCUGUGGACGGUGAUUGUGGGUUUAAUUUUUUUCCUUUCAAAUUUUAAAAAUUUACAUGAUUUUUGUAAUCAUGGUAUCCUCAUGUUAUUAGUAAUGAUGAUAAACAAAAUAACGAGUGUGGAAUGAGUUGUUGAUGGGUUCAAUCUACAAAGCUUUGCAAAAAAGGAAACCAAAAAUAGUUGAAGAUGAUAAACACAAAAGAUAACCAAAUCUGAGGACCCAUACAAUGAUGUAUAAUAUUUCCAUGUACAUAAAAUAUUGUAUGUAGAGUUAAUAAAUAUAGACAUAUAAAUAUGUAAACAUAAACAACGAUUAAGUCAUUGUACAUUAAGUAACAUUCCUUAUAAAAACUUAUGUUAAUAUUUUUCAAUUUCAGAUUGGCCAAUAGAAUAAAAAAAAUUAACAUUUGUAUUCACAGUCUUUUUAUGAAAUCUAUAUACUUGUUUAUAAAUACUUAUGAGUAUAUAAGUAUGUAUAAAUAAUGUAUUUAUUUAUACAUGUUUAUGUGCAUGUGUAUGUAUUGAGUGUUAAUAUUUUCUAACAUUCUUAUGCAUUUUUUUUAUUUUCAAGACAUAAAAAAUCAUAUUAUAAAAUAAGAUUAAUUAUUGUUGGUAUAAAGUGUUAUAUUCCUAUCACAUAAUAUUUUUAAUUCUGAGUCCACUUCUGUGUGCUACUGAAAUCAAUUUAUUUUAAUACUUUCAUAUGAUUUUCUUUUUAGAAUUUUGUGAUAUACAUUACAUGAGAAUUCCAAACUUACCCACUGACAACAGUUAAUCAAGCUGAAAUCAAAUAACUCUGGCUCAAUAUUAAAAAAUUCAGUUUGUUAUUACUUUUUAAACUUAUUUAUUUUUGUUAUAUUUACUUAAUGUACCAAAUAAUAAUAAGCUGUAACAUAAAUUCAAAAGAGUGACAAAUUAAUUUAUCAUAAGUAAUAAAUAACAGGUUUUACAAAUUUCUUGUAAAAUAUUUUUGAUAAUAAAUUCAAUUGCCAUUUUUUUUAUUUAUGUAUAUAACUGUUUUAAUUAAAAAGAAACAAUCUUAAAUUGAAAAGUUUAUCGCCCACUUCAUCAGACAAAAGUUUACUUUUUUCAGAUAAUAUUCUUCUAUUGAUCAUUUUUUCUAUUGUCAAAUUAACCUUGACAUGUUUUAGAAUAUAUUCAUUAUUCUAAACAAUAAGAUUAUAUUCAUGUAACAGAAAGUAUAACUUUGGAGUGCUAAUUUAAUUGGUGUAAACUAAUAUAAGAAUUACUAGCUGGUAUGAAAAACUUAAUUUUUUUUUAUUCUAUUAAUAUUACUAGUUUGAAUUAUCUCAUUUGACUGAUUGGCCAAAAUUUGAUAUUGCGUCUGAUGCAGUGGGAGAUCCCUAAGUUUUAUAACUUUUGAAUUUGCAGUUUUUUAUAUAAUAAUAUUUCUAAAAUUAUCUUAAAAUCAUUCAUCAUUUAAAUUUUUACUUAUAUCUUUGCUUAGUGAUUGAUUUAAUUUUUUUUUUUUACUUUUAAUUUUGUUUUUUACCAAAUGAAAGUAACUUUAACUUAUUAAAUGGCAUUGUUUUUCCUGAUGUAUCUCUUAGUUUUCCUAAGUCAAAUUGUAGCUGUAAAUAUUUUUCUAUAAAACACCAUCCUUACUUUAGUAAAUUUGAAUAAUUAAAAAAUAAAAUAAUAUAGGGUGUUUAAAUGUUAGUCAUUACUAGGCUAAAAUAAUGUUUAAAAUAAGAUACUUUGUGUAUUUAUUAAUUUAUAAAUAUACUAAUAGAUUAUUUUGUUUUUCUUUUUUUUUUUAUUAAAUACUUGAAGUAAUUUCUGUAUCUCUUACCUUACUUAACAAAGUUGAAUUAUAUAAACUUUUCAAGAGUUCAUAUUAAUCAUAUUUCAGUACACUCCUUCUGCGGUUUUCUAAUUAGAAUUAUAUAUUUAUAUGAUGAAUAUCUGACGUGUCUCCUUACACAACUUCCUUUGAAACAUAGAGUGCAAACAACAAUAUGAAAGUUGUUACUGUAUCUUCACUAAUGCAAGAUUAAGAUUUUUUUUUUUCCAAAUGGAUAUCUGAAUAGUUUGAAUAGAAUAGAUGUAUAGUUCUGUAAUUAUUUGAAAAAGCAAUAGGUUUCAAUGGAACCAUACACAAAAUACUUUUAAUGUAAUAAGUCCUCCAAUAUUUUGCUAAUCCAAGACAAAUUCAGUUGUUUUUUUUAUAGAGACCUUAUAUUUUAAUUAAAUGUAAGUUUUAAAUUAAAGUAAAUUGUAUUUAUAGAACAUUUUGAGCUAAGCACAAAUAAAA